AUGUCAUCAGCAUUUCUUUCACUGGAAAGAAAGACCGGAGCAGCAGCAAUGAUAACUUAUUUCUCAAAGGGGCCUGGAAUUCCCUCGUUCCGGAUUUAUCGACUUUGGCGUGUUCUUCAGUGUGCUGGAAGUGGAACGGAAGAAGUGAAGCACAGCAUCGAGGCGACGAAUUCGGAAUCUGGAAGCUUCAGCAAUGUUUUCAAGUGCUGGCGCCAUUCGCUUCCAGAGGACUGUCACGCUUUCUCCCCAGAUUCGCCUUGGCAUAGCGACCUUGGCAGCUGCAGGCAAGCAACCUUGCUUACCAUGUUAUGGAAUAAUAACCUGCAUUACCGAUAUGCUGCUAAACAGCAUUAUCAUGCAGAGAUCCUUUGGAUGCGCGGUUUCCACGUAAGCGGGCGAUAUUUCAAGGCACCAAGCCGUGUCAUAUGUUUACAAGCCCAAGUCAACGGAAAGAUGGAAAUAAUGAUGAAGUCUCUGGAAGCAGAUCUACAAUCUAUCUCCGUCGAGAUUACUAUGAUACAGCGGAAGCCUGCUACUUCAAGGAAGGACCCUGGGAAGAGCUGGGAAGAACAGGGAUCAGCAGCCUGGCAGCGGCUGGCGGGUCGUCCACCUGGAGUGCAGGAUGACCGGCAGCUGUGGCGGGUAGCACUUGACGGACAGCGGCCGCCAAUCAGUACUCGGGCUUUUACUGAUCGCUCAGCAACGGGCUUAGAAGUGUUGGUGUGCAGCAAGAUCCUGGUCCAUGCAGGGGUGAAUGCUCAAACUGGUGACUGA